GGGGACGAGGGGUUGUUAGAAGGGCUCUUUUUUUCAUGUUCUUAGUAGUACAUGAUUAGGUAGGAGGGUUUCGUGUUUUUGUUUGUUUUGAUCAUUGACCAUCGUUUUUGACAAUACACUCCAGUACAGUAGGUGGCGGUAUGCACUUCUAACGUCUGUUUGCAGACCGCCAUAGAAGAAGAAGAAGUUGUAGCUUGAAACUAGCCACACACCGCAGUUUGCUGGUGGUUGCAUGCAACAUUUUAGCUAGCUACAGCAACAUUUCAUAUUUGCAGGUGCAGUAUGGAACCCUCAGAGCAUCCAGAAACCUCGGCCACUUUUCAAAUGGCCAAUGAGAAUGUACAUCUAGACCUGCUAUCCACACAGACUGAUAUGGACCUGUUUUCUGGGCACACUGAUAUGGGCCUUCUGCCUGCUCAGACUGAUGACGGCCUACUGUCUGCACAGAGUGAUAUGGACCUGCUGCCUGCUCAGACUGAUAUGGACCUGCAGCCUGCACAGACUGAUAUGGAGGUGGCCUACUCUGGCUCACUGGGAACAGAGGGACACAGUGGGGAGCAGCAGACCCUUGACGAGUUGACAACCUUUCUCACCCAAUCUGAAAGAGAGAGGCUGAAAACUCAGGACAGUCUGAGCAUCCUGGGGGACCCAGACUCACUGGAACUGUCCAAAGUCCAGGUGGAGGACUUUUACAGCCGCACAGUCCUUCCAGAACCAUCAGACUUUCAGGAACCCUCAGUCUUUCCAAUGCCCUCUGUCCUUCCAGAAUCCUCAUACCUUCAAGAACCUUCAGGCUUCUCAGAGUCCUCAGUCUAUCCAGAACCCUCAUACCUUUCAAAACCCUCAGGCUUUUCAGAGCCCUCAGGCCUGCCAGAACACUCAGACUUCCAAGAGCCCUCCGGUUCAGCCACAGGCCUCAGUCAGGAUGAGUGGAGCAGGCAAGGUCACACAGAAGCCUGGUCAGAAAUGGGAGCUGAGCCUGGGACAGACAGGCUGGAGGUCACCGAGGGAACUCCGACCGUAACUGGGACACAGAUGCCAGAGACAGGAGAGGAGCAAAUGGACAUAGUGCAUGAAGAUCCCACUGCAUCUGCUCAAGAUGAAGUUGAUCCAAAUAUGCCUUCUAUAGUCAGCGUAGAGAGCUCACACUCUGAGGAUGGUCCAGGCAAAGAGGAAGCCUUAUCAUUCUAUGGAUUGGUGCCAAAGGUAGAGGGCACAGCAGAGAAAAAGAGUGAGAAAGAACAGCCUGUGGGGGGCAGUAUGUCCCCACUAUCAUCCUGGGCCCAGCCAUUGACACCAGGUGAAGCUGAGGAACAACUUGAAACUGACGUUGCCGUCGAGGAUCCAAAUGGUCAAAAGACUACGGGGAGAAAGAGAGGUCGUCCUAAUCGUGGAGAAGGGAGGAAAAAUACGCAAAACACGUCUGAUGGGGACCAGCUAACAGACAGCGGUUCUGACGAUGCAGCUGAUGAUCCGAGGGACACAGACUUCGACCCCGCACGGUUUGGCCUCCGGCGCUCCACCAGGGUCUCCCAAAGGAGCCAGAGCACUCCGCCCCCCCGCCUCAUUUCCCCAAAGUUGUCUGGUCCUGCCUCUACCCCUGCGUACACUCAGAGGUCUGGAGGACCCCCUCCACCCCGGCCGCCACCCCCUCGCCAGCCUACCAGGGUCCUCUGUGCCAACUGCAGUGGGAUUCUGCAGAGCGGACAGACAGCCUACCAGCGCAGGGGUCAGCCUCAGCUCUUCUGCAGCUCCACCUGCCUUAACUCCUUUGGCAAGAAAGCCCCCAAGAAAAAGCCCUGUGCUUUCUGUAAAAGGGACAUGGGGAAUAGAAAGGACACCAUGCUUGCACAGGUUGGCCAGUCACAGUCCUUCCAAGAAUUCUGCAACAGCACUUGUCUUUCCCUGUAUGAGGCCCGGCUGGAGAAGGGCCCGACACAGCCCCCCAAACCAAGUGCUCCUGCCCAAAGAUGCAGUGUGUGCAACCACAUGCGUGAGAUCAACCAUGAGGUAACCAUGGGCAACAUGAUUCACCUGAUGUGCAGCGAUGCCUGCUUCAACCGUUUCCGCGCCACCAAGGGCCUGAAGACCAGCUGCUGUGACGCGUGUGGCACCUACAUCAACACCUUCACCUCCCGGGCUGAGUACCUACUGCAUGAGGGCCAACAGAGGAGGUUCUGCAACUCCUCCUGUCUCAGGCUGUAUAAGAUGAAAAACACUAAGGUGCUCUCGUGUCAGUGGUGUAGGACUCUGUGUAAGAAUUUUGACAUGCUGUCUAAAGUGGAUCAGUAUGGCAAGACCAGACACUUCUGUUCUUUGUGCUGUAUCGCCUCACAUAAAGUUAAAACUUCUGGGAACACAGUGCCCAGUGAAGCCUGCAGUUCCUGCAAAAGAAGCCCCUCUGAACCUUACUACUGUAAAACAAAUGAGGCUGUGUACGUCUUCUGUAGCCCUAGCUGUUGGAGCAAAUUUCAGAGCAACAGUCCCAAUGGAGACCUCUACUUCAACUGUCUCUCUUGUCAUAACAUGUUCAGUGGGGUACCAGAAAUCCUAGACUGGCAGGACUCAAUAUAUCAGUUCUGCUGUAAGGAGUGCUGUGAGGACUACAAGCGUCUGAAUGGUGUGGUUUCUGUGUGUGAGCACUGCAACCAAGAGAAACUGCUGCAUAAGAAGAUAAAGUUCUCUGGGGUGGAGAAAACCUUCUGCAGUGACGGUUGCAUUCUACUGUACAAGCAAGACUUUGCUCAACAACUGGGCCUGUGCUGUAUAACCUGUACAUACUGUUCUCAGACCUGCUCACGGGCGGUCACAGAGGAACAGGAUGGCAACACAUGGGACUUCUGCAGUGAAGAUUGUAAAAGCAAAUACCUCCUGUGGUACCUGAAAGAAGCACAGUGCCAUGCCUGCAAGCAUCAGGGGGAGCUCCUGGAGACCAUCCACUGGAGGGGAGAGAUCAAACACUACUGUGACCAGCCGUGCCUCCUGCGUUUCUACAGCCAACAGAACCAGCCCAACCUAGACACCAAGCAGGGCCCUGGGAGCCUGCUCAGCAGUCAUUCCCCAGAGUCUACACCUCCCCCUGCAGCUAUAAAGACAAGUGAAGCCACAGGAAGAGGCCUGAAGAGGACUGUAGCCAAGCCUGCUCCUCCCUUCACUCUACCUCUCUCCCAAAGGAACAAGUCCUCCAUGUGUAAACCUAUGAUGGCCACUACAGGUGUCGCAUGUAAACCUGAGAUGAAGUCCCAGAGUUGCCAGACAGAUGAUUUCUUGCAGUCCCCACCUGUGGUGUUGCCAGUCCCUGUGCCUGUGUUUGUUCCUGUACCUUUGAAUAUGUACUCUCAGUACACUCCCAUACCAAUGGCCCUGCCUCUGCCGAUCCCUGUCCCCAUGUUCCUACCCGUCACACUGGAUCAUAUCGAUAAACUUGUGGAAUACAUAAAUGACCUGAAACUCCAGAUCCCGUCUGAUCCACUGGAGGCUGACAUUCUGGCCAUGGCAGACAUGAUAGCAGAGGAAAAUAAAGAUCUGGACAGUGAUCAGAAAGCAGACCCGUUGCUGAGGGACUGCACCUUAUUUGAUUCUUCAUCCCAAGAUGACAUCCUCUCCAUGGCCGUCAAUAUGGCUGAUGUACUGACUGAGCCAGGUCAAGACCCAGUAGAUGAGCUCACCAAAGCUUCCCUGGACCUGAACCCCAAUGUUGAUUUCCUCUUUGACUGUGGGAUGCCGCCUCAUGCUACUUCAGCAGAGCAGAGCGCCGACGUCACUGUUCAGAAGGGACCCAAGCGUCAGGCCAUGUCAGAGAUCACCCUACACGAUCCCCUGGACAGUCAGCCUCUCGGCGCCGGUUUGAACAGCUCCCUUGGGGUCAAAGCCUGGAGGUCAUGGGCCCAAAGCAAGCACUCGGACACUGACUACAGAAAACAGAAACCAUUAGACCUUCUGUUGUGCAGUCCUGAGGAACUGAACCAUGGCCUGUCGCAGUUUGUCCAAGACAUUGUUCAUCCUAGAGGGCCGUGCUACAAGCCUGACAGUGUAUUUUACCUCUGUCUGGGGAUUCAACAGUAUCUCCUUGAAAACAACCGGAUGGUGAAUAUAUUCACAGACCAGUUAUAUGUCACCUUUGCUGAGGAGCUGAAUAAGAUUGUCAGCCAAUGGCUGCCUUCCAUGUCACCUAAUGGUGGUCUCGGUUCUCGUGUCCUGGAGGAGCACCUGUGGGAGUGUAAACAGCUGGGUGUGUACUCUCCCUUUGUCCUGCUCAACACUCUCAUGUUCUUCAACACCAAAUACUUUGGUCUGACCACCGUGGAGCAGCACCUCCAGCUCUCCUUCUCUACAGUCACGCGCCAGGCCAAGAGGAGGUCUACACCACAUGGCAUGGUCAAGUCGUCUAGUGUCUGCUAUCACCCCAAAUCGCAACACAAGAGAACAAGUAAAGAGGGCGGCUUGGGAAAGAGGAAACGGGAUGAGCCUUCUGAGCUGGAGCAACAAGAGAACCGGUUGAACCCUCUCAGAUGCCCCGUCAAAUUCUUUGAGUUCUACCUCUCCAAAUGCUCUGAUGGUGUGCGGAGCAGCUGCAGUGCAUUCUACCUGCAGCCAGAGAGCACAUGUAUGGCUGAGAGUCCUCGCUGGUAUUCUGACAUCCCCAUGGACAAGGGCAGACUGGGAAUUAUGCUCAACAGGAUCCUGGCUGUCAAGGAUGUCUAUGACGAGCACCCGGGACAGGGAGACAUGGACUGACAGCCACGCAACAAGUUUAUAUAGUGUACAUUGCUGAUGUGGAGGCCGCUAGCACAAGUUACUUUUUCCAUUUAUUUGUUUUUAUUUUGUAAUUUAGACGCUCUUAUCCAGAGCGACUUACAGUAGUGAGUGCAUACCUUUUCGUACUGGUCCCCCGUGGGAAUCGAACCCACAACCCUGGCGUUGUAAGCACCAUGCUCUACCAACUGAGCCACACAGGACCCACAACCCUGGCAUUGUACUAACUACAAUGCCUUUAGUUGUUCCAUGGUUGUUAUAUCACCCCUACACAAAUAGUUCAGUGAGCAUUUCCUCCAUAGAAUUACCAUUGUAGCUAGAUCUGUAUAGAAACUAUAUUAGCACUGCCGUAUACCACUCUCAAUUCAGAUAAUGUAUUUGGAACGCUUAGGUACUUUGGGCACUGUCAAAGACAACUAGUUGAAAGGUCUGGUUUGUAUUGGAAACCCAUAUUUGUUUGUUAUGAAGUGUACAGAACAGCUGUAUAAAAGUACUUUACUUUAGUUCAUAAAACUAUUUAAUUGACACUGCAUUUAACCCCCUAUGCCAGCCUCACUGGAUUUUGUUUCAUUCAGAAGCUUAAUGUUCAUACACUGAUAACAUAAACACUUUAAAUCUGUGUUUACCCUGUGGCCAGUGAGGUGGAAACCAUUUAUUGCUGCCGGAGAUGUUCACAUGUACAGUAUCAAGAAACUCAGUCAUGGCAGACCUUUUACUUCAUAGCUAAUGUGUAUAUAUAUUGCCCCUCAUACUUUCUUAAUUUCUUAUUGUUACAAUCAUAUAACCAACCGUUCAUUAAACCACACAAAAGAAGCCUAACUUCAUGAUAGAAAUCUUUUAUUUUAAACUUUUUGAUCCUGCUUAGAUUGUCUUUCAUUUACAAACUUACGGUUUAAUGCAUUUUAUGUCCUGAAUGUCUUGAGAAAAGUUGAUUAUGUACUAUAAAGUUUAUUUUCUGUCUUUUUCUAA